CUAUUUGUAAACACACUUUUAUGUAAAAUUGACAUUUUAUGAUUUGAAAGGAGCUCCCUGGAACUGUUCAUUUAAAAUCCUUUUGGUGCUAAUCAAAGUGGUCCUGUGUUCUCUUGUUCGGGAAGAAGCAGGAGGUUUUGCUUUCCAAGAAUUUUCCCCUUUGCUUUCCAGGAACAAUUUACAAACAAAAUCCAUGUUUAUUUUACUGCAGCAGCAUUGUGUUUGUGCACAGUGUGAUAUUUCAGUGUCUGAGAAGCAGUGAUCAACAGUAAUUUUAAUUCCCAGCCCAGCAGGUCCAAGUUUCAGAAAAGAAAAAGGCAUAAAUGAUCAAACAAAGGAAUUACUUCAGAGGAGUCAUAAGGCAAAAGUCUCACUYGAAUGUAAAGGUACUCAAGUUCUCACACUGGUGUUGUUCUUUGAAAAGAAGAUCUAAACUUUUAAAACCAGAAGGUCCUUCUCAGUGAAGAUAAACAGGGAGGGAGAGGAGCUGGAGGGGAUAAACUAAAAUAACUGAAGCAGUGAUGAAGGACUCAACUCUGUGUCUUUUCUAAGAGCAGUGUGGAAAUCUUUCCUGUUGAAAGCCCCCAAGCAACCACUGAUCUGGCAUUUGACUAAACAAAUUGAUUUYUGUGAGGAAGAAGCAAUCCUGAAACUUCUGUGGCUCUGGGCUGACUGAGAAGUGAGGGGUGCAGRGGCUGGAACUGUCAGGAGUGUGGUCUGACCAGAAUGAACCGGGCUGGAGGUUUGAUUGAAGUCAUGGCUGCCUGGGGAGGUGCAGAGGAGGUGCUGCAGGGCAGGGGAGCAGCUGUGCARAUACAGCCUCUGGACUGAGCCUUGCUGCCUAUCAGAUACCAGCACCUCAGUCCUACUGCACAUCACAUCUGGUCCCAAGCAGGAGGAACAGCACUUGUCCGUGUAGAAUGUCCAGUGAAGCUCCUGGAAGGAGAGGGAGUUUGGCCAUCUUGGUUUGGACUCGGUGAUCCUGUGAGUCCCUUCCAGCUCAGAAUAUCCUGUGAUUCUGUGACCCCACAUGACCCUGGUAUGGCUGCCCAUGAGGAGUUACUUGCACAUGCCUCUGCCACUCUGUAAAUCGCCACCAAGGACAUCUGCCCGAGCCUUGGAUCUAUGUUGGAGGCUCUUCAUGGUGACUUCAAAUACAUUUGGGACAGCUCCUGCCUCACAGUUCCCCUUUCCACCACUGCUGAACGUCUGUUGAUGCCAACAGGCCUCAGCCGGCAGGGGCCAUGCGAUGCUCCCUGAAACGCUCCCUCACGGCUCUGCUUGCUGCCUCCUUCCUCCUCCUCCUCCUUCUCCAUGGGGGCAACCGGCAAGAACAGGAACCCCUGGAGGUGGAGCUCAGGGGCCUGGCCCCCGACACGAUCCUGCAGCUGCUAAAGCCGGAGGGAGCCCAGCGCAUCCUCAGGGACAUGGCCGAGCCCUCUGCACUUCACAAUGUCUCCUACCAGCUCCUCGCUGGCUCCCKGGUGCCCCGAAAAAAAUUCCUGGCAGUGGGAUUGGCAUCUGUGCAGAGGCCACGUGGUUUCUACCUCCCAGCCACACUCGAGUCCCUCUUCAGCCAGUCCACAGAGGAGGAGCUGCAAGAGAUGGUGGUGGUGGUGCACCUGGCCGACACGGAUCCUGGCUGGAACGUGCAUGUCGCUGCCACCAUCGCCCGGAAAUUUGCUCGCCACAUCCUUCUGGGCCGCCUCCUGCUCAUCCACGCUCCCCUUGAGUUCUACCCCACCCUGGAAGGCCUCAAGAGGAACUUCAACGAUGCAGAAGAGCGGGUGAGGUUCCGCUCCAAGCAGAACGUGGACUACGCCUUCCUGCUUGCCUUUGCCGCCAACCUUUCCUCCUACUACCUAAUGAUUGAGGAUGACGUGUGGAGCGCCAGGUCCUUCCUGACGGCCAUCCGCAGGGCGCUGGCUUCCCAGGAGGGCUCUAACUGGGCCACCCUCGAGUUCUCCAAGCUGGGCUACAUCGGGAAGCUCUACCGCUCCAGUGAUCUUCCUCGCCUGGCUCACUUCCUCUUCCUCUUCUACCAGGAAAUGCCCUGUGACUGGCUGCUGGUUCACUUCCGCCAACUGCUCACCCAGAGGGACGUGAUCCGCUUCAAGCCAUCCCUCUUCCAGCACAUGGGCCGCUACUCCUCCUUCCAGGGCACCAUCAACCGGCUGGAGGACGAGGAUUUCCAGGCUGACGCCUUGGACCUCCCAGACAACCCACCAGCAUCCCUGUACACCAGCAUGUCUGUCUUUGAGAACUACGAGCCCCUCAAGGCCUACAGCUCAGCACAAGGGUACUUUUGGGGCAAAGACCCAGCAGCUGGCAGUACCUUUUCCAUCGUGUUCCAGCAGCCAGCCCGGGUCAGCCGUGUGCGGGUGCGUACAGGGUCCGCAGAGCGCCCGGGUGAUUUCCUGCACGCGGGGCUGCUGGAGCUGGGCCAGCACCGGGACCAUGGCCGGGACUGCUCCUCCUACGUUCCCGUGGGCUCCUUUGAGAAGGGGACUGCUGAGCAGCGGGGUCUGGAGAGGGUCCUUCCUGGGCCUGUGGAGUGCGUGAGGAUCCGGGUGACCCGGGACCAGAGCGAGUGGCUUAUCAUCCAGAGCAUCGACAUCUGGACCAUGGCAGGCACCUGACCUCGGGUGUGGCAGGAUGUCAAAGCAGCUGGAUUUGGUUCUAAGAGCUUUAUUUUUUUCA